AGUAUUUGAAAAACAUACUGAGGGCAAAGGAGAAUCAUUGAGAAUAUAAUAGCUCACAUGACUGACUUGUGUUUGUCAGUUUUGUAAUUACAUAAAUAUCAAAAUCAAAUUUCAUUCCAGAGAAAGAAAACAAUAGUGAAGAGGGAUAGGUGAAGGGAAGGGAAGAGGAGGUGAGGUAGGGAAGAAGGAAGAAACCAAGAAAUGUAUAUAUUGAGCACCCGCUAUGAUCCAAAAUGAUGGUAGGCACUUUUAUUAAGCAUUCUCUCUGGCUCAUAUAAUCCUCAUAACAAUUCUAUGGCCCCACUUUAUUUUUAGAGGAGAAAGCAAUAUAUUCAGCCAUAUUACAUUUGACAUUUAUGACAAGACAUAGAUGCUAGGAAAGUGAAAUAAAUCCUCCCACAAAAAUUGGCACAGAUGCUGUAUAGGAAUUUUCUUUCAAAGGCUUGUUUUUUUAAUCCAUUACUGUUACAUUUCCUGGCACCAGAUACUGCUCUGGCUCUGGAAGCUCUGUAGAUUGGCCCUUCUCCAUAUUAAGUAGUGAGCUUGGCUCUUUGCAAUUAAGUGCAAGAUUCUGUCUGCUUUGGACUAUUAUCCAUUAUCUGGGCUCAUGUAUAAACCUGUUACGAGGAGCAAGCCUGAUGUAGACCUUCCUGGAUGAUCAUCUCCAGGCUUUCUUUUAAAGGCAAGUGAGACUGCUUCAAAUAAAACACCUCCAAGCUUCCAAGGAAUAGUUAAGAGAAGGCAGAGACGAGCAGAAACACCCCUUCACUAACACUCACGCGGUUGCCAUGGACCUUCAGAAGCAGUGGGGAAACACAGAGACUAACUGGCACAAGGAAAAGAUGGAAUUACUGGACCAGUUUGACAGUGAAAGAAAGGAAUGGGAAAGUCAAUGGAAGAUCAUGCAGAAGAAGAUAGAAGAGCUUUGUCAUGAAGUAAAGCUUCGGAGGAAAUUCAACGUGAAUGAACAUGCUAAGAUAAUUGAUUUUGAUCGUGAGGCGGCCAUUCAAGGUAGACUGGUAGAAUCGUCUCCAAAUUACUCCAAUUCAGAACAGUGUGAAUUUACAGGAAUGAAUCACAGGGAUGGUCUGGGGAAAGGAAAUAAAACAGAGCAGAGCUUACUCAGUAAAGGAAAUCAAAUGUGUAAGGAACAAAAGACAGCAAAAAAAUCAAAAGUAGGGCUUAUGGAUCCAUUGGCCAUAGACAACCAAUUUGCGUGUGAGGUCUGGUCUGACCUGAGGACUUCUGGGAAAGAAAGCAAGAGCUGUUCAGGUGCCCUCAACACGGCACUUGAAGAACUUGCCAAAGUUAGUGAAGAAUUAUGCAGCUUUCAAGAGGAAAUACGAAAGAGGUCUAACCACAGAAGGAUGAAGUCAGAUUCAUUUCUCCAGGAAAUGCCAAAUGUAAUUAAUAUACCUCAUGAAGACCACAUGAUCAACAAUGGCCAGUGCAUUUUUCCAAUCAUUUUAGAAAAACAAAAACAGGAAAACAGAAAAAAUCUGAGCUGUAGCAAUAUGCUUCAGAGCAAUUCUAUGAAAAAAUGUGGAACUGAUACAACUGAUCUGCAAAGUAUUGAAACUCCACCCAUUCCCCCUCCAAGAAGCACAUCUCGAAAUUUUCCCACUUCAUAUUCUGAACACGCCCAUGAAAGUUUGAAGGAAAGUUUAGGCCACCACAGACAGGUGGCCCAAGAAGGUCAAGGUGAAAGGAACUGCAGUCCUCAUUUCCUUCUGAGGCACGAUGAAAUGCCUACACUGUGUCUAAAUGAAGGCAAGACUUUGAAAGAUGGUUCCCUGUUUUCUUCUUUGGCACAAGAAACCAAAACAGAGAACAAGAUUCCAUGUAAUGAGAAUAUUGGACUUAGCAUGUGGCCAUAUGACAUCAGGAUAGGUGCAGAAAGUAGCCCCUCUACAUUGUGGUUUCAGAAAACCUGCUCUACUCCCAGUAAGCCAAAAUAUGAAAAGCUGAUCCCAGCUCAUCCUGCUAAAUCUCAUCUUGAUCUUUCUAUAAACAAUGACUAUAGCAGCUUGGUGACACAGUGCAGCGGCCCGCUUAGCAGUUUCAAUGGUAGCUUUAAAAGGAACACUAGGAAUGAUAAGCUAGCAGCAAAGACUGAUGAAUUUAACAGAGCUGUAUUUAGAACCGAUAGAAAUUGUCAUGCAAUGCGGCAAAAUCAAAGCUACUCAGAAUCAUCUGAUGAUCUUAAGCCCUGUGAUACUAUAGUUACUCGUGUAGGUAACAUGGCAGAAAAUGACAGUGGCUCUGAUAUUCUCAAAACCAGUGCCCACAUGCCUGUAAAUGUGCCUGAUAAUGCCACCAAAAAACCUACAACAGGCCUAGUCAGACAAAUGCAGGGACGCAUAAGUCAUAGCAGUUACCGGAGUAUGCUCCACGAGCAUGAUUGGCGACCGAGUAAUUUGUCUGGUCGACCCAGAUCGGCUGAUCCUAGGUCCAACUAUGGUGUUGUGGAAAAGCUGCUGAAAACCUAUGAGACAUCAGUGGGGUCUGACCUGCAAAAUUCUAAAUGCUUCCAGGAUAAUUGGACCAAGUGUCAUUCUGAUGUCAGUGGUGGGGUCACACCAAGUCAGCAUUUAGAAAUGCUCCAAAUAGAAGAAGAGCUUCAGCAAAAAACAGCUAUGUGUGGGGUACAGCAAGUGAAGCAAGGAGUAGAUUGGAAAAAGAUAACAGAGGAACCCAUGGCAGUGAAAUCCUCACAUGGAAAAGGAUUUUCCCGACCUGCUAGACCAGCAAAUCGCCGUCUCCCGUCCAGAUGGGCAUCAAGAGCUCCAUCGGCACCUGCUGCCUUGCGAAGAACUGCCAAUAGUUAUACCAUUUCUCUGCGAUCCGAAGCAUCAGUGGUCUGAGUCUCUGGCCUGGAUUGCCGGAUUAUAAAGUCCCAAUUCCCAAAUAGAGCAUUCUGAGUGCUUACAGCCAAUCCUGUCCCUUCUGUAUCUUUCAAGAUCACUGGGACAACCAGUUUAAAUCUUAACUUCUCAUCAGUCUUCAGUGUUUUUAAUCUAUGGAAUAAUUAUCUUCCUGUCUUUUGAUUUCUGAGAUCAGUUUUUUAAUGCCAUCCUCAUUAAUUUGCCAAUGUAGUUUAAGUUGAAACAAUGUACUAUAUUGUAUAUUCUGACUUUUCUUGCAAGUGGCAGAAAGCAAGGUUAUGUGCAUGACCAUGUGUUUUUAGGUGCAUGUGUUGAAAUAGUUAAGUAUCCUGGUAUGUAUUUAGAUAAGAAGACUUAUGUGCUAGUGUUGCCUUUGAAAUUAUAACAUGUAUACCUAAUAUUCUUUGCGUUUGUUUAAAAUUUUUGAAAAUAUACAGUACUAUUUAUAUUUUGUAUACCUUUUAGUAGGUAUCCACUUAAGGCAUUUGAGGUACAUAUUAACCACUUCCUUGGCCCCAGCUACAUUGAAAAAUAAGAAUUAUACACAUUAUCUAACAUUGGUAGAUUUCUAUAUGCAACCCAUAGUUUCUUAAUCCAUGCAAGCAUAGACUAAUACCAUUGAGUCUGUGUUUACUCUUUUAAAUAAAUAAAAUUGUCACAGGCUUAACAGAUAAGCCUUCUAAGGCAAACAUAAAAUGUUCACAAAAGCUUUUAUAUACCCUUUGGUAGUGUGUAUGGCUUUCACUGUAGACUUGAUCCUCAGGGUCAGUAUCAUGAAACUACCUUAUAAACAAAAUGACAUAAAAGCUUGUUUUGUCAAAACUUCAGUAACAAACAUUUCUUCAAUGGGAUAUGAAAAGAAAUUCAGUUUUGAUGAAUUCUACUUUUUUGUUAAUGUCGUAGUAAGCUUUUAGCUCAGCUACUAUAUUUGGAGUCAUAGAGGUAAGUCAUUUACUUUUUCAUUUUUCUAAUCUUUUCUCUAAAAUUAGUACAUAAAAGACUAAUUCACUUUUUUUUUAAAAGGAAGAUCAGGAAUGAUAUUUCAUUGAGACCUAAAUUGUAUUUCUUAUAGUGCAUAGCUGUAUUAAAAAAAGCCUUAAACUAAACUCUGGCUUCCAUGAGUAACAUAAAGGACAGAAGGAUGUAUUUUGUACACUAUAAUACAUAAAAUGCAGUGAACACAUAAAAUCCAUAUUGAGAACUGACAGAAAUAUGUUGAGGUACUUGGCAUUCUAUAUUGAAGAUGAUAGAAACAACUGCUCUCCAUUUUCUCUCUAUAAAACCAACUAUGUUAUUAGAUAUUAACUCUAUUUAACUACCGAAAGUUAAAUUCUUAGGACUACCAAAGUUAAGAAAUUCUUAGGACAAAAGCCUUCAGAGACCCUUCCCCUUAUGACUGAUAUAUUCACAGUUUAGAAAAUUCACUUCAUUAUACACCACAACUUCUAGUCAAGUAAAUAAUUUCCAAAUUCCAGACAGCCUUAAAAAUCUCAAGACUGGUAUGGUGAUAGACAGCUUCGUAUUUUCCCAUAAGGAGAGUUUCCAGUUGAGCUGAAUUAAACUUCUAGAAUGUGACGUUGGAGCAGAUGGUAAGAAAGGCUAUAAAUCCACUCUGUUCACUCUUUUUUUCUUUCAGUAAUAUUCUUUUUCAUAGGAAACCUAUAAGAGCAAAGUAACCUGAACACCAAGUGAUGUCACUUAUAUAAUAUUGUUUUCAUUUGAAGGGAGAAAACACUAGGGAGGUGGUAGGUAGCCCGUGACAUAAAGUUGUGGACUGUUAGGAAGAUGCAGCUGUGUAACCCUGGAGAGCCUGCCCAAGAACUGAGCAACGCACCUGUUCCUCUCCCUCGCUGUAUCCCAGGUAGUCUGCUGUGGAUCUGUGCACAAGGUCUUUAAUCUUAAAUAUAAGUCAGAAUGUUAAGGAUCUCUUUCAAAAAAAUUAGAUUCCUGAAACCCCAUAAUUACUAAAGCAGAAUUUCUAGGGGGUGUGGAUUGGGAAUCUGUAGUCUUUAAUAAAACAAACCACACACACAAAAAAAA